CCAAAAUUUUGAUUAUCGUAUGCAGGAAGGGAGUCACUUUCAGAGGCAGAGAGAAUUUUGCUGCAAAUUGUUGGUGAAAACUCAGAUAUUGAGUUGUCAGAUGAGGAAGAUGAAAAUGCAGAGUUUGAGGCAGAGUCAGAGGAGUCAGAAAGCACAGAUGAUGAAGUUCAGACAGGGCAAACAGAGACAGAAGAGUCAGCGAGGGAGCAACCAUCCACAUCUAGUCGUCGUCUCCACUGGGCCAAGACUACAAUAUUCAACCCCCAACUGGAUGAUCCUCCAAUAAUUCACAGCAGUGAUGCCCCUACACGCAAUAACUGGACCCCAAAGCAAUAUUUUGAACAGUACAUUGAUGACUCUGUGUACAAAGAAAUGGCUAUGUUCACAAACCAGCGUGAGGUCCUUUUGUCUGGAGCACCAAUUAACACCACCCCUGAAGAGCUGAAGACAUUUUUUGGAAGUUCUAUCUACAUGGCCUGUCUUGGUUAUCCAAAUAUUCAGAUGUAUUGGGCCUCAAACACCAGAGUUCAAAUAGUUCUACAAGCUAAGACAAUCUAUUAAGAUCAUCAAUGACCUGGAUGUUUCAGAUGAGGAAAAAAGAAGAGACCUCUUGUGGAAGGUCAGGCCCCUUCUGAAAAAAGUGAGGAAAGGAUGUUUGAGUCUUCCAAGAGCACAAAAACUGUCCGUUGACGAGCAAAUGAUUCCUUUUACUGGCCGCUGCCCAGUUCGCCAGUAUGUUCCGGGCAAACCAUACCCAACUGGAUUGAAGGUGUUUGUCUUGGCCACACCAAAUGGCAUGGUCUUAGAUUUUGUUGUGUACCAAGGCAAGACCACCUUCCCAAUCACAGCAGGACAGGGCAUCGGAGCACAAGCUGUUCUUCAUUUGACUGAGUCCAUUCCCAGAGGAACCCACUUGUUCUUUGACCGGUACUUUAUGACUGUUGACCUUUUGAACACCCUGGUGGAGAAGGGGCUGACAGGAACUGGAACUCUGAUGAAGAACAGAAUUCCAAAGGAGUGCAACAUUAUAGGGGACCAGGCCAUCAAAAAGAAAGGAAGAGGGACAUCUGAGAUGGUGGUCAGACGAAGCCCUCCUGAACUUGCUAUCAUUAAGUGGUUUGACAAUAGGCUAGUGGUCAUGUCAUCCUCUGCCUAUGGCAUUGAGCCUCAAGACACAUGCAAUAGAUGGUCUAAGAAGGACAAAAGGUAUGUUCAGGUGUCAAGACCACUGGCAGUGGCUGAGUACAACAGCAACAUGGGUGAGUUAGACAUGGCCGACCAAAUGCUAAGUUUCUACAGGAUGGCCACUCGUACUCGGAAGUGGACGGUGCGUGUAAUUUUGCACUUUUUUGAUUUGGCAAUCACCAAUGCAUGGCUUCAGUACAGGAAUGAUUACCAGCUUCAAGGGAAGAAACCACUGAAGUUUCUUGAAUUCAAAUUGCUCCUUGAGACCCAGGACAGCCUUGAAGGUGAAAGAUUGGCAUUGGUAUCUGAGGUUAAGAAGAGACAUAAUGAUAAAGUUGUCAAUGAAAAGAUGGCCAAGACCUUCGCAUACAGGAGGCAGGAGGUCGUCAGAGACAAGCCCAUGAUCGCGGAGUUCAAGAUCAGAUGGCCAGGACUUUUCACUGUGGCAGAG